GAUCGAAAAUAAACAGCUGCUGAAGGCGGUUUGAUUUUGCAGUUAGUUCCUUUUGUAUUAAUUUAUUAAUGAAAAUGCUGAGAUGUGCAUGGCAAAACGGUCCAAGACAAAGCAACAGGUGGCUGCGGCAUCUGUCCAAUCAAAUCUGGAAGCGUAGCUAUAGCAGCAAGAUCAGAAACAUAGGAAUUCUGGCUCAUAUCGAUGCAGGCAAAACAACGACCACGGAACGCAUGCUGUUCUAUGCGGGCAAGACCAGAGCUCUGGGCGAAGUGCAUCGCGGCAACACGGUCACCGAUUACCUAACCCAGGAGCGCGAACGGGGCAUAACGAUCUGCAGUUCGGCGGUAACAUUUCCGUGGAAUGACCACCGCAUCAACCUAUUGGACACACCCGGCCACAUUGACUUUACCAUGGAGGUUGAGCAAUCUCUGUUUGCCGUGGAUGGUGUGGUCGUUGUUCUGGAUGGCACAGCUGGCGUGGAGGCCCAAACAGUCACUGUGUGGUCGCAGGCGGAUAAGCACAAGCUGCCACGCCUCAUAUUCGUCAACAAGAUGGAUCGUCCUGAUGCGGACUUUGAUAAGUGCGUUGCCGAUCUGAAGGAUAAGCUGGAAACGCAACCCGUUUGCCUACAGUAUCCCGUGAAAAACGAAGAUGGGGUUUUAGCCAUCAAUGAUGUGAUCACCCUGGAGCGGCUAAGCUGGCACCAAAAGGACUUGGGACGCAGCUACAAAAAUGUAAAACUGGAGCCCUCCGAUGAUUUGCGGCAGCUGCAGGAAAAACGAAGUGAACUGAUUGAUCAACUGUCGGGAUUAGAUGACGAAUUGGCCGAUGUGGUUAUCAGCACAGAAAGCUUUGACAAAGUGGACAAUGCAUUAAUCGAAAGAGCUCUGCGACGGGCAACCACUCAGCAGAAAGUAGUGCCCGUACUGCUGGGCUCCGCCUACAAAAAUGUGGGCAUACAGCGUCUAAUGGAUGCUGUCAACUCCUACCUGCCUGCGCCCGAGGAACGAAACCAAAUCUACGACUGCUUUGGAACAGAGGUGGCUGGCAAGGUGUUCAAAAUUGUGCAUGAUAAGCAACGUGGUCCAUUAACCCUAAUAAGGAUUUUAAGGGGCGAAAUAAAACGAGGCAUGCGUUUGAUAUCCGCUCGCGGACAGGCAGAAGUUGUGUCCAAGCUGUAUGAACCAUUGGCUGACGAAUACCGAGAGGUCAGCGCUGUGCAGUCGGGUGAUGUGGUGAUAUGUGCAGGUCUGAAGUCGACGGUAACAGGUGAUCUGCUGACCUCCAGUCAGUCUGCGCUAAAGAAUGCACAAAAACGCUUAAAACAAAGCCAGGGUAACAACACUGCGGCCAAAGACGAGGAAGACGACGAAUUGGACGAGUCAGACGAACUGUUUGCUAUUGACCCGCAAAUACCCGAUGCCGUGUACUUCUGUUCAAUCGAACCACCCAGCGUAUCCUCGCAAACGGCCAUGGAGCAGGCACUUAAGCAGCUCCAGAGGGAGGAUCCCAGCCUGCGUGUGAGCUACGAUUCAGUCACCGGACAGACCGUGCUCGGUGGAAUGGGCGAGUUGCACAUGGACAUCAUCAAGUCGCGCAUCCUGAGCGAGUACAAAAUCGACGUUGAUCUCGGUCCUCUGCAAAUUGCAUACAAGGAAACAAUUGAAUCACCGGCGUUAACCACGCUAAGUGUGGAAAAGGAAAUUGCUGGCAGCAAGCAGAGUGUCAGUAUAACACUGGAGGUGGUCAAGAAUCAAGCCGAAAUGUUCAGUUUAGAUAAGUCACCGGAGAACCUGCCAAAUCUCAACACAUUGCGGCCACGAAUUCUUCAAGUUCUUCGGAAGGGCUCCAUCAGCGCUCUAGAGCGAGGACCUCGCGUUGGUGGGCAGGUUGUGGAGACUCAGAUUCGCCUGCACAACGCAACUAUUGGACGUGGCACUGCUGAUUCUUUUGUCAUGGCCACUGCAGCUCAGUGUGUGCAAAAGCUAUUGAGCACGAGUGGCACCCGGCUGUUGGAACCCAUCAUGGCCCUUCAAAUCGUGGCACCCAGUGAACGUAUUUCCGGAAUCAUGGCUGAUCUUUCUCGGCGACGAGCCCUGAUUAACGAUGUCCUACCUAAAGGCGAACGAAAUAAGAUGAUUCUGGUGAAUGCUCCGUUGGCAGAGCUCUCCGGCUACUCAAGUGCCCUACGCACGAUUAGCUCCGGCACAGCCAGCAUGACGAUGCAGCCGUGUGGCUUCUCUUCCAUGAAUUCUGUGGACGAAUCACUGGCGGAGCGCAGAGCUCAGGGUCUUGAAUAAUUUUAGUCCACCUAGAACUAUUAACUGUUAACUAAUUGUAGUCUAGUAGGCAGAUGACAACUGGCAUGACUGACAGAAAUAUAUGUACAUUUUUACCUGUCCCCAGCAAUAGA